GUUUCUUCUACCAAAAGUUUGGAGCACCCAUACCACUUUUUUACUUACACACACUUUUAACGUUGAAACAGUAGAAAGAAACAUUAUUUAUUAAACUAACUGAUAAAAAACAAAUGAUUAGCAGUUCUAAAGAUUUAGAGGAAUUUGGGAGAUAUAACAUUGACAUACCCGUUCGUCAAGGCUAUCUCUACAGAAAAACCAUCAAGAGCCAAGGUAGAAACCUCCUCCGUCCUUCAUGGCGUAUCAAUUGGGUCAUUGUCACAACGCAGGGAAUCUUUUUCUUUGAUCCGCACCGCGUCGAGGCUACACAAGCCAAAGCCUACAUUCUCACCACAGAGCCUCGGCUCAAGUUCAUCGACGAGUCGAAGAAUGAUGAGAAAAAAUAUCAAAUCACCCUCGAGUCUGAUAUUUCGCACUAUGUGAUUGUAUUCCAGAGUUGGGAUGAAAAGGAUUUGUGGUUGCGAGCCUUGAAACAAGCAAUGGAACAAGCUAGAGAGACAAUUUUGAAAAAAACAACUAGUAAGAAGAAUGUUAGGAAUGAGGAUCAACAACAACAACAAUCGGGUAGUAGUAGUGAUUCGAGUAAUAAUCCUGAUGCUCCUCAUAGUACUGUUGGAAAAUUGGUUCCUGAUGAUAUUAGAGUGGCUGCACCAACAGUUUUCCAAAUGAAAGCUAAGGUUUAUGUUAAAAUUAGAGAGGCAAAGGAUUUGGAAAAACAUGAUACUGCAUUGAUGGGAGGAUUGGCAGAUCCUUAUCUUGUUUUAAAUAUGGAACACAAAGUUGAACAUACAAAAGUUGAACAAAAUACUUUGGAGCCAAAAUGGCGUGAAGAAUUCCAAUUUGAAAUUUCUAGAUUACCUUGUGAUUUGCAUGUGAUCAUGUUUGAUAAGGAUAGAUUCCACUCUGAUGAUAUUAUGGGACAAGUUGUUGUUAAAAUUGAAAGUGCUAGAGCUGGAGCAGAUAAGGAAGAUUGGUUCCCUCUUCGUCCAGUUGUUGUUGGUGAAAAAUCAUCUGGUAAAAUUCAUAUGAGAGUUGAAUGUCGUUAUGAUUUGUCAACUCAAGGAAAAGUCACAUUUGGUGUUCCACUUGUUGAUUUACAUGCUAGACAUCCAGAAAGAGUUUUACCUGAUAUUUGUUACAAGUGUAUUUCUAGACUUUAUCAAAAUAAUUUGACAACUGAAGGUUUAUUCCGUGUUCCUGGUAACAAGAAUCGUAUGAGAGCUUAUGAAAUUCAAUUCGAUCAAAAUCCAGAUCAAGAUAUUCAAUUUUCUGAAGGAGAAGAUGAACAUACAAUUGGAGGUUUAUUAAAACUGUUUUUGAGAGAAUUGCCAGAACCACCAAUUCCACACGCUCUCUACUCAUCGGUACUUCAAUUGGAUAAAAUUUCAGAUAAGAAUGAAAAGAUUGAUCACCUCAGAGAAAUUAUGCACAAACUUCCAGAACAUAACUACUUCCUUUUGCAAUGUAUGUGUUGCUUGUUGCACAGAAUUACCAGAUUCAGUCACAUUAACAUGAUGAAGGAAACCAAUUUGGCUAUUGUUUUUGGUCCUGUCUUUGCCUAUCCACCAAGUUCACUCAACGUUUCAAAGCAACAAUUCUUGGCUCAACACUUACCUGCCCUCAGUUCUGUUUGUGAACUUAUGAUUUCUCACUUUAUUGACAUUUUCCACAAUGAUAGAGUUUUGGAUUGUUUAGUGUAUUGCGAAAAUAAUUGGACUAAAUUCAAGCAAUCGAUAAAAGAGUUAAAUGGAGUUCCAUGCUUGGCAGAAGGAGACAAAAAGAAGCCAACCACUGAUCCAACUGCUGUGGAUUCAAACUCAAUCACAAUUGAGGUUCAAGAAUAAUUGUAUCCAUUUCCAAGUGUGGCGAGUAUUGAUAAGCUCAUUAUGAUUAGAAUCUUGACAACAAGUCAAGAAUACCAUUGUUGAUUAGAACAAUAUCUGUAAUAAAUAUAAAUAUAUUAUCAAA